AUGUCUCGAAACAUCAAGUCGCCGUUCCAGUCCAACACUGUGCCACCUCCGGCAGUUACAACCAGUGCCCAGCUGGAGAAGGAAUUUGGUGAUAUGACAAUACGUCCUCCUGCUAAGACGGUGAUGCCAUCAUCGUCCCGACAUCGCGAGUCCGCCAGUCAACCUUCUUCGUCUAAAGCUCCUGAACAGUCUGGCCCAUCUACCUUUUCCCCUCGUGAGCAAGAAAUAUCAUACUAUCCAUUAUCUUCGUCCUCUCAGGCACAAAACCCUUCAGAACAGCCAUUGAUCUCCUCGCUGUCCCGAAGACACACUGCUCCUCACGAUGUCAGUGAAAUCUGGUCACCAUUAGAACUCAAAAGCGGUAUGGCAACCACUUCCCCAGCAAUCAAAAAGAAAGGCAUUUUGCGUAAGACUGAAAAUAAGGUUGCUGCUACGUCUUCCUUGCACGACCCUGGACGUCCAAUGCCACCAUCCAAAGACCCAUAUCCCUCCUCCAGCCACCCACCUGAAAUCAGGGGCCGCGUCCGAACCUCGAGAUAUCCACUUGGCGACAACACACGCACCUACCUCGAAGGAAUGUCACCCCUAUCCUCACAAGCCGAAUCCAGCUCUUCUCAAGCCACCCCCGCCGCAUCCGGACCCAACCGCACGGUGCCCACACACUCGAUCUUUACUUCCCCCGCGGACAUCAAGAUGGCUAGCCGACAAACACACAUCGAGACUAUGGCACCGGCCGAGCGACAGCGCCAGGAACAAUGGGCACAGACUAUGAUCACGCGCACAUCCAGCUGCCCACAGGAGUUUGCAUGGAUGCGUGUCGACGGCGGCUACGUGUGCGCAGGCGGCCAUCAUCACAUCUCUGACGAGCUACUAGCAGAAGGCCAAGGCGGCCUCUUCUUAUUACCGAACAGAUUGUCCCUCACGGGGUGUUUUGGGCCCUAUUAUCCAGACCCCAACAUGCCUAAAGUCUUUAGAUACGGAGGCACAAUGCCGCUCCCGCAGGGCGCUCCAGAGUCCAUCGGUGAUUGGGUAUACAAUGUGCAAAAUGCUCUGGCCCAGGCGGGUGGCGGUCCUGGCGUGCUUGGAGGCGCGCUUCUAGGCGGGCUUCAAAGCCGAGUUCAACGCGGAGGUCCGCUCUCGAGACGCCCGCCGCCGCCGUAUAUGUCCAGAGCACCCCCGGAUAAUCCCUCGGAUCGGAUAUUCGGACAGCUUCAUUCUCAAGGGGACACGGGGGGUCCCACUGCAUUUCGACGUCGAGUGUUGGGUCCACGUUAGUUGAAUGAGUGGUGAGUUUUGAUGUUGGGCUUUUGAGGAUAGAUAGGUACCUAGUAGGUGAGGUGGACAUAUGGUUACCUUAGGUAGGCAUGGAUAUGUGAUCAGAAGCGUGACUUUAUUAGCAGAAUACUCGAUGGC